GCCUAUCACAGGCCGCUGCGGCCCAAUUUGCAUCAACGCCGCCUCUCGGUCUGGCUAUAUCUAUCCGUGUAUCGUCGGCCCGCGUAUCGUCGAUCUCGUCGCUGGGACUCGCUCGCGCGGCCGUUACGCCAUCGAGCACUGUUAUCCUGAAGCUACCAUCGGCCCCACCCUCCUUCACCCCAUUUCACCACCACCCUUUCCCUCGCCGUCGAUUCAUUUGCCCGUCCUUCGCUUGCCGUCACUUUUCGCGGCCCCUGCUGUGCUUGCUUUGUGGUCGGUCGAUCUGUACUUUGUCGCUCCUGUCAGGAAUGAAGAUUGCCUUUCUUUUGAACGGUCCCGAGGACGGCUCCCAGUCGCUGGGUCAAGAUCGCCCCCGGCACUUUCCUUCGAGGUCCGAGUCGUUCGUCUCCGACUCAUCCUCCCUGUCGCGAACCUCGGCUCCUCUCUCGUCCUCCAGCACGGCUGCAUAUCAUCCGCAUCCGCCUCCUUCGAUCCAACUUGACCGCUCUUACUACUCGGACACCACGCCGCGAAGGCUGGCACCAAAAAACCCGCGAUCGAACUUGCAACCGGAUCGCAGUCCCAGGUUGCUCUCUGGUAGACUCCUGUCCCGUGCCUCCUCACUAGAGCGCCGAUUUGCCUGCACUCACUGCCCCUCUGCCUUCCGGCGCAAGCAAGAGCUGCAACGGCACCUUCGCUGUGUCCAUGGCGACGAGACUCCUUGGGUCUGUCCCUGCUGUUUAAAGGGCUUUGGUCGAGUUGAUGCUCUCCGAAGCCAUUUUUCCUCCAAAAAAUCCGCCACCACAGGUUGCCGCUUCAGCCUCGGCAGCCUUUCAAUCCCGCACCUGGUGAAUCUCUCGACCGUAUCCAGGUCCUCGCCGCCGGCGUGACCGCCGUCCUCCUCGUUGCGCCGACCGAUGCAAGUGACUGCUUACUUGGCCGCCGCUGUGACCAGCCCAGAGCCCAGAGCCCAGAGC